AUGUCCCUAUUCAGGACCACCAUCCAGUCGGCACUCCUGAGCGCAGUAUCAAAUGUUGUCGCGCAGUUGAUAUCCAGCUGGCAAUCAAACACACCGUUCACUCUGGACAUCGUCCGACUGCUGCAGUUCGUGACCUUCUCCGUCAUCGCCUGCCCUCCCAACUAUCUCUGGCAACGUUUUCUGGAAUCUAAAUUCCCUGCGUACCCGUCCGACCAGCGAUCAGAUCUGUCCAAGAAGUCUGAUGAGAAAUCCUCCGCCAAGCCUGUCUCCAAGCAGUUGAGCAUCAAGAAUACCGCCAUCAAGUUCUCGCUCGAUCAGACGAUAGGAGCUGCCGUCAAUACUGUCAUGUUCAUCGCUGGAAUCGCCCUUCUGCGAGGAGAAUCGCUGGACACGGCUAUACGAAACGUCCAGGAGCAGUAUUUGCCGAUGCAAAGUGCGGGUUUGAAACUCUGGCCGGCAGUGAGCAUACUGAGCUUCGCUGUCAUUCCGCUGGAGCAUCGUAUGCUAUUUGGAUCGGUGGCUGGACUCUUUUGGGGCGUCUUUCUCAGCAUGACUGCUGGGUCGAGUGGACAUAAGUAG